CGUGUCGCGGCCCAGCCCACCUCCUCCCAGCCUCCCAGCCCAUCGGCAGCCCGCUAAGAUUCAUCACUCUUCAAACCCUCUCCAAACCCGAGCGCCAGUGCCAACAAGUGUCAAACUACAAAUCAUGUCGUCAACGGAUUCGUGCGCCAUCUGUGCAACCCCCGAAUUAUCCCUCCACGAAGAUUACUUCAAAUCCCGCAAACUGCCACGCCCGCUUGAAAGCGAAGAACGCCGCGUGUCCCAACGGCUCGCCACGGAGCUCUUCCAUAGGGAAUGUGCCCGCUGCCGCAAUGACGAUGACCUCGACCCCAACCUGUGUCCGUCCUGUCGACACCUCCGCCUCCGCCACCUCCUCUGCUGCGUCGCUGCCACCGAACGGCCUAUGGACUUCCGCGUUUGGGUCUGCCGGUUCGAAGAUAUUCCCGAGCGGAUGAGCGCCUGUUCGUUUUGCCGCCUGGUCGCGCGGGCCGUCCUGACGUAUGGGAACCUCUCCGGAGUGAAGCCGGGGGCUAAAUAUCAAGGCAGCUUGGUCAUCUCCGUUAAGAGGAUGGGAACCAUUCAAGCUGGGCAUCGUAGUUUUAGCAGCCGCUCUACCGUUUUUGGUUCCGGCAGACAGAUCCGGUACAGCGGCGGACCUUCGUUGUCUCAAGGGGGCGAGGUCGAUGCUGUUGAUAACCAAGUUGGAGCCAUUCGGGAGGCCCCUGAUAUCGAGGUCGCUGGGGGAAUUGUAAAUUGGCCGCUGGCACGCCAGUGGCUAAACAGCUGUUUGCAGCAUCACGACAAGUGCGCGACGCCGGGAACGGGCGCGGGCAUCACCCUCCCGACCAACUUCCGCGUCAUCGAUGUUAACAAACGACGUUUAGUGCAGAUGCUACCGAGUUGUCAGUUCGUUGCGCUCAGCUACGUCUGGGGGCGCGAUCCGGAUCCGACGAAGCUUGUCACAACUAGAUUAAGCAUCAAGGCCCUCCAAGAGGAUGGCGGUCUUGCCGCCCGAGACAUGCCCGUUACUAUCGAGGACGCGAUGGAGGUAUGCAGACGACUCGAGGAGCCCUACCUGUGGGUCGACCGGUUCUGCAUCGUCCAGGACGACCAUGACGACAAGGUCGAACAAAUCGCGGCUAUGGCGGCCAUCUACUCGCUCGCAAAAUUGGUCAUCAUCGUCGCCGAUGGAAACAUCGACACCGGCAUCGCGGGUGUCAGCCGUGAGAGGGCACAGGGCCAGGUUCGCGACCGUAUUGCAGGCCUCGACUUUAGCCUCAACGAGCUUUCGCACUGGGGAAAAAUCAGCCGUGGCGGGUGUAUCUGGUCGACGCGCGGCUGGACGUACCAGGAGGCCGUCCUAGCGCGGCGGAAGCUCAUCCUAACCGAGUCGCAGGCCUUCUUUGAGUGCCAAAAUGGGACCCCAGGCGAGGACGGAGUCAGCGGCUACGGGAGCGAGUACUUAUUUGUUGGAAACUACGCCCGGCAAUAUCAUCCUGCCCUGGUCGACACCUUCUAUCAUCAUCUCGGCGUCUACCGCAAACGAUCGCUCACCAACCCUUCCGACAUCUACAACGCCAUCGACGGCGUGGCGAAUGCAUUGUAUGGCGAGCUCGGCUCGCUGUGGUGGGGACUUCCGCGGCGGGAUUUUGACCAGGCAUUGUUGUGGUGUAUACGAUGGGAUGAUGCCCCCAAGUCCUGGGUCGCCGGUCCAGCCGGAAACGGGACGAAGCCUAGCUGGUCGUGGUCGGCAACGGACAGGGAUAUUACGCUGAUUGACGUCGUGGAUGGUCUUCGGCCGCUCAGGUACUGCGAGACGCUCGUGGCGUGGGCCCAUGUCCGCGAAGGAGCAGAUGCUCUGGCACAAAGGGUGGCAGAGAGCGUUGAGACGGUCUCCGGUAGCAAACCUCUCUCUCAGCUUCACAACGGACAAGACACGUGCGGCUGUCUCAGCGAGAUGUCCGAGGAUGAGGUGGAACGGCUUUUGUACCCGGUUGUCGCCUGGAGUCAUGGUUGCAUCACGGCGCCGUACCCCUUUGCGAAGCUAGAGAACACCACCUUCCCGACAUUGAGGUCUCAGAUCAAAUCCCGAUGGGCCUGCCGCCACCGCUACUGGCUCGAGGCAUUUCGAGGUGCAGCCCAUCCGAAGCCUCCACCAGACGACACAACCGUUCCAUCCGGUCCGGGCACCAUCUUUACCUGGGCACAAACCGCGCUUUUCCCACUGCGAGGUUCCAUAACAACACAAGAAACAGGCUUCAUAGGAACCACAACCAGUGGCAAUCUUAUCAUAGUGGACGAGUCAAGUGAACCCGCCGGGAUGCUGGUUGCUCAGGACAACGAGCUGGACCUCGAACCGGGCAUCGCGGGGAGGCCCAAGUUCGAGUUUAUUGCCUUGUCGGCGGGCAAAAUUGAUUGUAUGGUUGUGUUCAGGGAUGGACAUUAUAAAACAAGCUCGGUUGAACCUCCUCAGAGGGAAUCCACCAAUAUUACCUCGCCCGACUUUCUCGGUACGGAGCAGCAGGAACCUGAAGAGUUGACUGAUUGGGAGGAGGCGCGGGCGCCUGAAGAGUUGACUGUUUGGGACAGAGCAGGCGGGUGCCUGUUCCCACUUCCUGUAGUUAAUGUGAUGCUAGUUGAGCGAACCGGCGAGAACCGGGCGCGCCGGGUCAGUGUGGGGUGGGUCUAUCUUACCAGCUGGUUGAGUGCUCGGCCCGAGUUCAAGAUGAUAUGUUUGGAGUAGCGGA